AUGAGGGAGUGCAUCUCAGUGCACAUCGGACAGGCAGGAGUGCAGAUGGGGGUGGCCUGCUGGCAGCUUUACUGCCUGGAGCACGGAAUACGGCCUGACGGUACGCUACCGUCCUUUGAAACUGACGGCGGUGCAACGGACUCCUGUUUCAACACAUUUUUCUCUGAGGCGGACCGGGGGAAGAUGGUGCCACGGGUAGUCAUGGUCGAUUUGGAGCCCACUGUGAUUGAUGAAAUCCGAAAUGGUGAAUAUCGGCAGCUGUACCAUCCUGAGCAGCUCAUCACGGGCAAGGAGGAUGCGGCGAACAACUACGCGCGCGGUCACUACUCUACAGGCCGAGAUAUACUUGAUCCUGUUAUGGAGAGGCUCAGGAAACUGGCGGACCAGUGCACAGGCUUGCAGGGUUUCUUCGUGUUCCAUUCUUUCGGCGGGGGCACUGGCUCGGGUCUCACAUCUCUGCUCAUGGAAACGCUCUCUGAUGAGUUUGGAAAGAAAAGCAAAUUAGAAUUCGCCAUUUAUCCAGCUCCACAAGUUGUAUCUUCUAUAACGGCUUCCCUGAGGUUUGACGGCGCGCUAAAUGUGGACUUGACAGAGUUCCAGACCAAUCUGGUCCCUUACCCGAGAAUACACUUCCCGCUCGCCGCUUACGCCCCCGUCGUCUCUGCGGACAAGGCGUACCACGAGGGCAUGUCUGUGUCGGAGAUCACGGCGGAACUGUUCGAGCCGCAGAACCAGAUGGUGAAGUGCGACCCGCGCGACGGCAAGUACAUGGCGUGCUGCCUGCUGUACCGCGGCGACGUCGUGCCCAAGGACGUGAAUGCGGCCAUCGCCGGCAUGAAAGGCCGUGCUGGCAUCCGCUUUGUAGACUGGUGUCCCACCGGUUUUAAGGUGGGCAUCAACUACCAGCCGCCGUCGGUGGUGGUGGGCGGAGACCUGGCGCAGGUGAAGCGUGCUGCUUCCAUGCUCAGCAACACCACCGCCAUCGCCGAGGCCUGGGGCAAGCUUGACCACAAGUUCGAUCUCAUGUACGCCAAGCGCGCCUUCGUUCACUGGUUCGUUAGCGAGGGCAUGGAGGAGGGUGAGUUUACAGAGGCACGCGAGGACCUCGCGGCUCUCGAGCGGGACUACGACGAGGUCGCCAUCGAGACUGCCGACUUGGAACCAGGAGACGAUGAGCUCUGA